GGCGGAAAGGCUGAUAGUUGAUGCUGCCUUGGAGCUCAAAGAACGUGGUCACCGUGUCGAAAUCUUCACCGCUCAUCACGAUCCGACUCGCUGCUUCGAAGAGACGAUCGAUGGAACAUUGCCCGUUCGCGUCUACGGCGACUUUUUCCCUCGACACAUAUUUGGCCGGAUGCAUGCUCUGUGCGCCUACAUUCGCUGCAUCUAUGUCGCUCUGGCCAUUGUUCUCUGUCACGGUUUUUUCGACUGUGUUAUUGCCGACCAAGUGUCGGCAGUGAUUCCCAUCCUUCGAUGGAGGAAGAACAUGAAGAUCCUAUUUUACUGCCAUUUCCCCGACCUACUGCUGGCGAGCCGCUCCUCACGGCUUCGAUCUGUGUACCGCGCGCCGUUGGAUUGGAUCGAGGAGCAGACCACGGGCAUGGCAGAUCAGAUCGUCGUGAACAGCGAAUUCACAGGUACGGUCUUUGCAAACACAUUCACAAAACUCCAUGCAAGGAAGAUUCGUCCUGCUGUCCUCUACCCUGCAGUGAAUAUUCGCGAGUAUGACAACAUCCCUAAUAUUCCUCUCAAAGCAAGGAGUGCAAGCACUGACAGAUUGAGUGGCAUCAGGGAUUGCGUGGGUGGUAUAGAAGGCCUCUCUUCCGGAACCCAGAUCUUCUUGUCCAUUAAUCGGUUUGAGAGGAAGAAGAAGCUCGAGCUGGCGAUCGACGCGUUUGCUUUGCUUGUAAAGCGACACGUGUCGCCGUCACGAUCGCCAUCUCGAUCCCCUCUUGGAUCGAGAAGUACCUCCCCCUCCCCUAGGAGUGCGCAUGGUGGUGGUGGUGGUCCCAGGAAUAGUCUUGGCAGGAGUUCAAGCACACCACCUGUCAAUUCCUCAGGGAGCAGCAGCAGCAGCAGCAGCAGCGGCGGCGACGGCGGAGGAGGGGGGAGUGUUUCUGGCGGCGGCGGCGGCCAUCCCGCCGGUGGGACUUUGCAUUCUUCCAUGAGCCUGAACAGCUCCAACCUCGUUCAUCCUGGCGAUGGUGGGCUGGGUUCCAUCAGCAGGAGCCUGGCCAAUGAAGUAUCGAUUGACAGGAUGAAGCUUGUGCUUGCCGGUGGGUAUGAUCCGCGUCUGAAGGAGAAUAGAGAGUAUCUGGAGGAGCUAAGGACGAGAGCCGAAGGGUUGGGAAUAUCGGAGAGAGUUCUGUUUGUGCCGUCGUUCACGGCAGAGCAAAAGGCAGCUCUUCUGGCGGCUUGUAUUGGGGUCAUCUACACACCGGAGAAUGAACACUUUGGGAUUGUGCCUUUGGAAGCCAUGGCUGCAAGGCGGCCGGUGAUUGCCUGCAACAGUGGGGGACCGAGGGAGAGCAUUCAUCAGGCGUCCACUGGGUUUCUCUGUGACCCGACACCCCCGAGUUUUGCAGCUUGCAUGGACCUGCUGAUGGGAUCCCUUGACAGGGCUGCAAUCAUGGGAGCAAGCGCAAGGCGCCACGUGGAGACCUCGUUCUCACGGAGAGCUUUCGGGGAUCAGCUGCAGGCUAUCCUGAUGCAGAUCGUGGGAGAGGGAGGGGACAUGACCCUUUGAACUGAGAAGCUGGAGGCCGAUGGUGGAAAUACCCGGUUAUGAUCUGACAGGAAGCCAAGUGGGCGGGCUCUCACGGAG